AUGCAUUUCAAAUCUCUUUCUGCUUGCAUUGACCUCGUCGUUAAGGCUGCCGUUAGUUCUGUUUCUGCUGUUUGGAUCGUACCAAACGUUUCUUUGCCGGACUCUGGCUCGCAAGGAGAUUACGAAAUCUUUCAAUGGGUUGGGAUUGAUGGCGCUGCACCGUCGAAAUGCAACGACGUUUUGCUCCAGGGCGGCACCUCUCAGAAAUUCUAUCAAGGGCAAUACACGACCGACUUCUGGUACGAAUUUUACAACCCACAGCAGACGCCUUCGCUACACGUCACUUACCCGCCGCUCCGAAUUGGAGACCAAGUUCGAGUGACAGUAACAGCGACAUCCGCCUAUGCCGGAACUAUCUCAUUCGAGAACCUGACCCAAAAUAUCUCGGACACACAAAAUGUCACAUCGGCGGUGCCCCUGUGCUUUGAGCAUGUAGAGUGGAUUUCGGAGGCGCCAACAAAGCAGCUCCCCAGCUUCGAAGCAUUUGACUUUUCCGAAGUUUCAGCUGUCAGAGAUGAUGGCUCCUCCAUUAAUGGCGAUGGCUCAGAGGAAUGGUAUCUGAAUAGUCCUGCAGCGAAAUGUCAUGCGUCCCUGCAGGAUGGUGGCUCUACUAUCAGCUUUUCCCAAAGUUAG